UGUGUGGCAACCGCGUCGCGAGACGCGCGCUCCUUACCACUUUUGUUACCCUGGUACUAUUGCAGUGUGUGACAUAUAAACGUGUUUUUGUGUUUGUGUGUUUAACCAGGCAGUAAGCACACGGGAAAAGAAGCAAAGUACACAGACUGUCACAAUGGAUUGGCAGCAAUGGUGAUCACGAUGCGAGAGUGUGUGCGGUGGCGAGGCGCGGGCACGCAGUUGUGGUGUGCGCUGCUCGCUGUCGCAGUGCUGGCGGAGGUGGCCAGUCUCAGCGGGCCCAACGUCUGCAUGGUCAAGCAGAAGUACAACAUAACGAAGCGGGUGAAAUACCGCGCGCCGAUGUCGGUACGUACGUACGAGUGGUGCUUCUCAAUGCCGCCGCGCUGCUCGCGCUGGAGCACGGAGAUGCGAGACCUUACACGUCUAGAGACAGAAGAGCGCACAGCUGAAGUGGCCGUGUGCUGUCCGGGCUACAAGAUGAAAGACGUAUCCUGUGUACCAAUCUGUCCCUACGGGAAGACCGGCCCGGGAUGUUCAGAUGACUGUCCGGAAAAUAAGUGGGGCCCGAACUGCGCGUACAACUGCAGCCAGUGCACUGACCACGGUGUCUGCUCACCUCUCACUGGUGACUGCGAGUGUGAGGAUGGAUGGCAAGGUGAGAGCUGCGAAUUUCACAUGUCAACUACACAAGCAACGACAACUGUGAUGGAAGAAUUACUAACAACGUCAAAACCUACAACUAUCACUAAUCCUACUACUGGAACGUCUCUUAGUAGAACUACUAUUAGCAAUGCAUCAACUGCUAGUAGCACAACAUUAGAAACUACUACUGUGACGACCACAUUAACUUCUGAAUAUAACUCUAGUUCUAUCAGCACUACCUCCAUUUCCCCUAAAUUGACAACUUCCACUUUAGCGAUGUCAUCACCAAAAGAGGCACCAUCUACUACAGAAAUUAAUUUAACAACAAGAAAUAUUGAAAAGGAAGAUUUGUCAGCUAGAAAAAAUCCAUAUGAAAGUGUUGAAAGUACUACCUUGAUACUGACAACUACCCCGAUUGGAAAAUACGAAAAUAUUACAAUAACAACGGAAACUACGAAUCCUAUUACAAGUACAACAGUUCUAUCGACUACUGGAAGUAUUAAAAAUAUAAAAUCAAUUUAUAAUAGAACCGAAAUGUCUUUAGAUAUUAUAUCUUCUACUCCAUCUUUUGAUACAACAAUUCUUACUUCGACAAAUGCAAUAUUAACUACUUUAGAAAAUAGUACUAAGCAACCGCUCAUAACAACUGAGCACAAAACUGAACCAGAUACAACGAGAGCAAAUAUUUUUACGACAACAGAAAAGGAAAUAACAACUAAAAUAGAAACAACAAAAAGACCUGAAAUCACAACAAGAGCCAUAUCAACCGUUAAAUUCAAACCAAAAGAAAUUUGGAUUAAACCAACACAGAAAGGUGAAUCUACUGUUAUUGAUUUUAAAAUAAAAUCAAAUCAUGAAUCAGUUCAUCCAAGAAAUCGUAUCGCGACAAAGAAAGAGAUUACAUCAGAUUUAACAACUCCAAGAACUAUAAUUGUUUCAAUAAUUCCGACAUCAGUAUCGUACGCCACUUUCAAAAAAAUAGCUCUCACUACUUCUUCUUAUCUAACAAUGAGAAAUACAAAUAAUAUUAUAACUAAAUUUAAUAAAACUGAACAUGGGUUUACAUCAUCAAUGGCAUCUCAUACUUCUUUGCCACCGUUCAUUAAAAAAAUAAUAUUAUCAAGUACAAUUCCGAAAAACAUAAGUACUUUUUCGAGUACUACGCCAAAAAUUCUUAAGAAUGUGUCAACAUUUCAAACAAAUUUGAACGACAAAGACGUAUCGUUCAAUAUGACAAUAUCUGGUCCUAGUACAACUAACAGCAUGGCAAGCAUGGAGAACACACCAAGAAUGAAUCUGUCUACCUUUCUAACAACAAUUUCAACUUCGACUAACAGUUCGACGACCACACAAAAGAUUAUCGUUGAAAAUGUAACUAAGAAAGCUACCAUGAGACCUAUUAAACCGAUAUUCCUUGAAGUUACAACCAGACCUCUAACAGCAUCAACGGUUUAUAAGAGAAUUGUUUUAGAAAAUAUCACUAAAGCACACAUUCCAAAUAUAAAAACAACAAAAAAUCCUGAAAAGGUACUAACAAGAAUGAAUAUAACAGAAGUAAAAAUUAAAGAUCCUAUAAAGAACCUAACAAAAAUCUUUACUAAACAUUUAACUACGAAGGAACCGGACGAUGAAACUUUUCAUAUUUUAACAGAGCCCGAGCAUAUCACAGCUGUGAUGAAUGAGAAAGAGCGAGACAGAACUUCAAUGGACUUGAUAUCGGUAGUUAGUAUAGCUGGUGGGGUGAUGAUGGCCGUCAUCACUGUGGCAGUCCUCAUCGUCAUGGUGGAACGUUGCAGACGUCCCAGAUUUGAAGAUGUGAGGAAAGUCAAUGACAUUAGAAUGCAAGUUAUGAUAGACAAUAAUGAUGCACCGCCGCCUUACACAAGAAGCAUCUUUCAUACGCCUUUACCAGAACCUCCAUCUGACAAAUGUCAUUACCAACCAAUUUCCACUUUGGAUAGAAAUUUGAAACAGUUCAUGAGACCUGUAGUAGUACAAAACAUCUCGCCUAUAAUGUUGGAAAAUUUUAGAGGUAUAUUAGAGUGUCAUUAUGACCAUUUGCCGCGAAGGAAUCACGACUUUGGCACGAUGCCUUCUCGUUUUGCUGCAGCGCCAUCUAUGAGCUAUUCACAAGAACUACGAUGUCAAAAAUCAAGAUCCGUUCACGAUUCCACAAUUGAUUCAAUGAAAUGCGAAGCCAAACAAGAUGUUAUUGAUGCUUCUACAUCAGAACCUUUAUAUGCUGAGAUACCAUGUUGGAGACCACCUUCAGAACACGCCAUUGAAGUACUCAAUUUAAAUGGAGAAGCUAUAACCGAGUUAUAGCAAAAUGUUGCCCAAAACAACCAAUAGAUGGCAGUCUUUGUAUAUUAGUAAUAAUGUUUUUUUUAAGAAUUAUUUAGCUUUUAAUUUAUGCC